UGUGGAGAAAAUUUGGCUGCAUUAAUACUGUCAAACAUUUGUGGUCUCUUUGUUUCUUUCUCAGUUUCUCCCUCCACAACUAUGAGCAACCUUGUUCACUCUCGCUCCUCCUUUUCCUCUCUUUCUUCUCUUACUGUCCAGCCCCUCAAACUCCACCGAAAACCCUUAGCUUCAACUAUCUUCACCUCUUCAUCCUCGAAAACCUCAACCCUGAUUUGCUCUUCCAAACCCAACAACGGCCGCAAACCCAUGUCGAGAAAAGGCAAGAAAUCAUCUUAUGGCACCUCCAGGAGGUCAAUUCUCAAGAAAACGUUCACCCAAGAGCACGUUACCUUCACUUUUCCAGUCGCGGAUGAUCCUCAUGUGGGCAUAAUUGGAGGAGGCAUGGCGGGUCUGGUUUGUGCUUUGAGCUUGGAGAAGAUAGGGAUCAAGUCCACAGUCUUCGAUACGGGGAACCAUGGUUUGGGAGGAAGAAUGGGAACUAGAAAAAUUGAUCCUCAGCCACUAAUAUUUGAUCAUGCGGCUCAAUUUUUUACAGUAAGUAAUCCUCAGUUUGCUGAGUUAGUUGAUAGUUGGUUGGAGAAAGGUCUAAUUCGACAGUGGCAAGGUACAAUUGGAGAGCUUGAAGUGGGUGGUCAAUUUGUUCCGCUGCCUUCUUUGCCUCCAAAAUAUGUUGGUGUCAAUGGAAUGCGCCCUCUUGCUGACUCAUUGCCAUCUCAGACUCGCAUGGUUAAUGUGGUGAGACCUUGCUGGAUAAGUAGACUUGAGCCAUUCAAUGGGAUGUGGCACUUGAGCGAGAAUGGAAAACCUUGUGGGCAGUUUGAUGUCAUUGUCAUUGCACAUAAUGGAAAAUGUGCAAAUCGCUUGCUUGCUUCAUCGGGCUUGCCUCUAAUUGCAAGACAAAUGAAAAAGCUAGAUUUGAGCUCUAUAUGGGCCCUCCUUGCAGCAUUUGAGGAUCCCCUUCCCAUCCCAAGUGGUGCACCUCCGUUUGAAGGAGCCUUUGUGAAAGGAGUUGAUUCCGUCUCAUGGAUGGGAAACAACUCUAUGAAGCUAUUUUCUAAGAAUAACAGUCCUCAUUGUUGGACCAUUUUCAGCACUGCAGCUUUUGGAAGGAGGAACAAGGUUCCUCAGGAAAAUAUACCAAGUGCAACAGCAGAGAAGGUGAAGACAGCCAUGCUCGAGGGUGUGGAAGCUGCACUUGGAAUACCAAAAAGCUCACUUCAAAUGCCUUAUUAUAGUAGAUUACAACUAUGGGGUGCAGCCCUUCCAACCAACAGUCCGGGAAUCCCAUUCAUUUUUGAUCCCCAUGGAAGGGCUGGCAUAUGUGGUGAUUGGCUGUUAGGUUCAAAUCUGGAGUCUGCGGCUUUAAGUGGCAUGGCUCUUGCUAAUCAUAUUGGUGAUUUUUUACGAAGUGCCAUAGGCCGCCCGGAGGAGUUCGCUGUGGGCUUGCAUAACGAGUUCCAUCCUAUUGAAGGGCACGAUAUUGGACAAUUUUCAGGGUUGGAGUCCAGGGCAAACCCCAAGGAACUUCAACACUUGAAUUGAAUCAAUAAUGAUUAUGAUGAUUAUUAAUUAUGUAAUUACUUGAUUAUCGUAUCCUAUCUAUGCUAAUGAGGCAUUUCUGUUGCAUUUUUUUAUGAUAUAAUUAUGAAUACCAGAAUCAUACAAUUUUACA